UGAUUUCUCAUCCUCCUGCACUGGUGUGGCCCCGACCCUCGGUGCUGUGCAGACUGCCCAGCUCUCUGGAAGCUCGCCCUGAGCUGGGGUGCACCAAUCCCAGGGCCCCAUAGGGCCCCUCCCCCACGGCAUACCUUUCCACGCACCCUGCUCCCACCCCAUGCUGUCCCGGCAGGCUACUUCCUGUCCUCUCUUUGGGAGCUGCCCAGGUCGCGGCCCCUGAAGGAGGACAGCAAAGGUGGCCCGGAGGCAGAGGCUCCAGGACGCUGAGGGGCAGAAACCAGAGCCCCGGGGAGAAGUUGCAGCUGUCCUCCCGUCCUGUGCACAAGGAGACUGGGCCCCUGCAUCUGACCCUGGAAGGAAGAACCUCUGGAGAUGUCUUCCAAUAAUAACCCUGUUACAAUCCCGAUGAUAGAAAGAAAUCCCAGUGACCUUCCUGGAAUGGACACCAGUGACCCGGACACAUUGACUGGAGAGGCUGUGUUGAGUUUUCAUAACAUCAGCUAUGGAGAAACUGUGCAGAGUGGCUUUCCAUUUCGUAAAAAAACAGAGGUGAUAAGAAGACUAUCUAAUAUCAAUGGGAUCAUGAGACCUGGCCUCAAUGCCAUCAUGGGACCGGAAGAUGGGAGCCGAUCUUGGUUAUUGGAUGUCUUAGCUGCAAGGAAAGAUCCACGUGGAUUAUCAGGAGAUAUUUUGAUAAAUGGGAAACCUCAACCUGCUACUUUCAAAUGUACUUCUGGUUAUGUACCACAAAAUGAUGAGGUGAUGCAAACUGUGACUGUGAGAGACAACAUAGAGUUCUCAGCAGCUCUUCGACUCCCAAUGACUGUAACAAGAGAUGAAAGAAGAAGGCGAAUUGAUGAGAUCCUUGAACUUCUGCAUCUGGAUAAAGUGGAAAAUGUCAAGCCUAGAUCUAAGGAGCUCAGGAAAAGGACCAGUAUAGCAAUGGAGCUGGUCGCAGAGCAUCCCAUUCUGUUCUUGGAUGAGCCCACCACUGGCUUAGACUUGAACACUACGACUGAUGUCAUCUCGGUCCUGAGAAGGAUGUCUAUCAGGGGACGGACAAUCAUCUUCUCCAUUAAUCAGGCUCAGUACUCCAUCUUCAGAUUUUUUGAUAGCCUCACCUUAGUGGCCUCAGGAAAAGUCAUGUAUCACGGGCCUGCACAAGAGGCGUUGGAGUACUUCACAUCCGCAGGUUAUGAAUAUGAUCCCCACAACAACCCUGCAGACUUCUUCCUGGACAUCAUUAAUGGAGGUUUCUCUGCUAUAUUAGACACAGAGGAAGAAGGCCAUAAUGCUGACAUAUAUACAGAACUUUCUGAGAGACGGCACCAAGUCACAGAAAAAUUAGCCAACAUGUAUGUACAGUCCUCCUUAUACAGAGAAACGAGAACUGAACUGGAUCCACUCUUGGGGGAACAGAGGGCAGGGAGGAUCUCGGCCUUGGAGGAGAUCACGUGUGUCACCCCUUUCUGGAAUCAGCUUUGGUGGAUUAUCUGUCGUUCAUUCAAAAAUUACUAUGGUUUUCCACAGGUCACUGUGAUUCAGGCAAUUAUCACAAUCAUUCUGGCCGUGUUGGUGGGCGUCGCUUUCCGUCUCCUACGAAAUGAUUGUACGGAAGUCCAGACCAGAGCUGGCCUGCUCUUCGUGGUCACCAUCUUCCAGACCAUCACAAGUGUGUCUGCUGGGGAGCUCUUUGUGAUUGACGAGGAUCGCUUUCUACAUGAGCAUACCAGUGGAUACUACAGAGUGCCACCAUAUUUCCUUGGGAAAUUGCUGGCUGAGCUGGUACCCAGGAGGCUAUUGCCAAGUACUAUAUUUACUGUUAUAGUAUUCAGCAUAGCAGGAGUAAACACAGAUGUGAAGAGUCUCUUCACUAUGUAUUUUAACAUCAUGAUGUUGGCUUAUUCUGCCAGUUCCCUGUCACUGUCUUUAAGGGCAAGGCAGAAUGCAGUGGCUGUGCCAACACUGUCGGUGACCAUCUACUUUCUGUUCAUGUUGUUUUUCUCGGGUCUGUCAAUAUAUUCAGAAAGCUUAGUACCUGGGCUCUCAUGGAUUCAGUACAUCAACAUUCCUCAUUACGGAUUUACAGCUUUGCAACAGAAUGAAUUCCUGGGACAAAACUUCUGUACAGAACAUAACACAGCAGAAAUCAGUAAAUGUCAGAACUAUGUAAUAUGUACUGGUGAAGAAUUUUUGAUGAUCCAGGGCAUUGAUCGCUCAUCAUGGGGCUUCUGGAAGAAUCAUGUGGCCUUAGCUUGUAUAACGAUUAUCUUCUUAUCAAUUACCUAUGUGCGGUUAUAAGCUCUUUAGAAAAACAAACAUUUUUAAAUCACUCUUCCACUUUCCUUGAAUUAAUUUGACAUUAUUUUUUGGUAUUAUUUAUUUAUUAUUUAAUUUUUUUAUUAAGAAAAUUUUUCCACUCAUUUUACACACCAAUCAAAGAUCUCCCUCUUUCCUCCUCCCCCCCACCUCUCCCUCCCAAUCCACACCCAAGUCCUCCCCACAAGAAGGCAAGGCCUCCCAUGAAGGGGCACAUCCAGUAGAGGCAAGUCCAAGCCCCUCCCACUCAAGGUUGUGAGAGUUGUCCCAUCAUAGGUAGUGGGCUCCAAAAAGCCCACUCAUGCACCAGAGAUGGAUUCUGAUCCCACCUCCACAGCCUUUGAUCCAACUUUCAUGAGUUCCCACUAGUUUGGUUUGGUCGUCUCUGCAGGUUUCCCCAUCAUGAUCCUGAUGCACUUGCUCAUAGAAUCCCUCUUCUCUCUCCCUGACUGGACUGCUGGAGCUCUUCCUGGUGCCUGGCUGUGGAUCUCUGCAUCUGCCUCCAUCAGUCAUUGGAGAAAAGUUCUGUGAUGACAGUUAGGGUAUUCACCAAUCUGAUCUCUGGGGCAAGCCAGUUCAGUUCAGGCACCCUCUCCACUAUUUCUAGUAGUCUAAGUUAGGAUCUUCCCUGGGGAUUCCUGGGAAGUUCGCUAGCACCUGGUUUCUCUCUAUCCCCAUGAUAUCUUCCUCUCAACAUGUAGUUUCUGGAAGAAUCACGUGGCCUUAGCUUGUAUAAUGAUUAUCUUCUUAUCAAUUACCUAUGUGCAGUUAUUAGCUUUUAAGAAAAAGAGACAUUUUAAAAUCACUCUUCCACUUUCUUUGAAUUAAUCUGACAUUUAAAAAAAUAAAAACUUUGCUGGUGGCCAUGUCAGGGGAACAUCAGGGAGCACUUGAAUUCAGGAGUUUGGCCCACUAGAAUGUAAGGCACUGAUGGGUGAAUCUUGGAUAGGCAAGUCCCUGAGGGCUUUGGCUUCAGAAUGUCUCUUGCUUCUGCUGUGCCUUUACAUGUUUGCUGCGGCUGUAUUUCUCUGGUAUCUGGCAUGGUGUGAAUGGGGGUGGGGGAUCUCCACUGCCUUGAAUGUAAUGUGAUUAUCUCAUGGAAAUUUCCUGUUCUACUGGGCCUUUUAACUGGAUUAUUAUGAAGAUGAUUUCCUCCUGACCUGUAUUGUUUAACUGAAGUAAUGAUUUUAUACAAUAAUAGUGGUAGUUUAAAUAGAAUUUUGAUGAUUAAGGGUUUUUAACACAUGUAGUAAGGGAUUAUGAUAGAGGUUAUUUUAGUAGGAAAAUUAUUAAAGGUAAACAUAAGAUAUAGUGUUGUCCUCACCCUUGAUGAAUUGGGGCUGCAGAGCAUAGAAAAUAGGACCAAGGAGGUGUCAUCAGCUGGGACUUAUGAGUUUCUUUUGAGGAGCCUAUUGACUGUGGUUUAGGUGAAUGAUUAAGGAAAACAAUCGAGUCGGAGGAAUUAGCUCAAGAUCUUUUCCAUAUUGGAAAAUGUGUUCAUGGAGUUUGGAGUGCAUCAUAGCUAAAACAAAGCUUUAAAUAAUACUUCAUGUAACUAGAAAACAAAGAAUUGGAUGGUUAGUUAAAAUAAUUGGGCAAACUCUAAAAUAUGAAAAGUGAAACUAGUAUCUGUUUUUACGGCAAUUGUAAAAACUACUGUCUGUGUUAGCAGUUAUGGCUGAAAGGCUCCUGAUCUAUGAGAAUUUUAAAAGAUAAAUGUUUAAAUAUGUGGGUGCUUGGGGACAAUUUACUUUUCACUUGUAAUACAUAAAAUGUUUAAUCAUGUAAGGAAAAUGGGAAACAUGCUUUUUUUUUACUUGUAUUCAUUGUAAUCAUUCGCUUAAAAAUAGAUUGUAAAUACAUUGUAUUUUUUAUUUUUCUUGAAAGAGUCUGCUGGGGUAUAUAAGCUGUAAGGGAAAAAAUACAGAAUUUAGAAGGAAGCCAUCAGGAAGUAGUGAGAAUGAGGACAUCAGGAAGUAGUGAGGAGGAAGUCAUCAGGAAGUAGGGAGGAGGAAGUCAUCAGGAAGGAGUGAGAAGGAAGUCAUCAGGAAGCAGUGAGAAGGAAGUCAUCAGGAAAGAGAAAGAAGGGAAACGUCAGGGUAGAAGAACAGAACAGAAAAAGGAUAUAAUAGAAUAAGCAGUGUAUAGUGGGUAGUCAUUCCAGCUUUGACCUGGAAGCUCUAACCCCCAUUGAGGCUUUGGUAAUGGUCCGCCUACAAGGCGGGGCUGAGAGAGGAUGCUGAAGACCUGGGAUCCAGAUGCCGGCUCUCUUAGUUCCUGGACCCUGGACGCUGGAGGUAGACCGAGCAGAGUUCUCCAGAGAACACUGCUGGACUGUGCCACGCCUUUCUCAGACUCUGUAAACUAUCCAUUCACUUGUAAGUUACCCCACAAAAUAAACCUCCCUUUUAACUACA